AUGACAUCAAGGUUACCUCUGAUCAGUUUGGCGUUGUUCGCCGCGUUCCUCGGAUCUCAGGCCGAAGUUGAUCUGGAUUUGAGUCUCCGGGACAGCACACCCAUUUGUGUCGGAAAGAUUUGCGACAGCUCUUCGGCGUUCCAUUAUUACACUUGCUGUGGAACUGUAAGUUACGAAGAAAAAAUUUAAUUUUUUUAAAGUCGACGCUUCGAUACCCGUAUUUUGCAAUUUGUUGAGAACUUUCAUUAUUUACAAAUUCCGAAAAAUUUUAUUGCUUGUGAACCCAACUUAAAUUUUUUUAUCAGACCUCAACUACAACCCCAAAUUUUGGAAUACAAUUUUUAGAAAUUGAAAAUUAUAUCAUAAUGAAAAUUUUAUUCGAAUCGUCCUUCAAAAAUAUCUUUUUGCGGCAAAAUUCGCAUAUGACGUCAUUGUGCAUAUCCUUUCCCAAAAAAAUCUCAUUUUUAUUCCUCCAGAUCGCCAACGAAUGUUGCUUCCGACUCCAAAGCUGGGUUAUCAUCACUCUGAUCGUUUGUGGAAUCCUCUUCGUGGCCAGUCUUGUCAUCGGGCUCGUCAAAUGUAUCUGCUGCUGCGAUCGCUGA